UUUACUCCGGACGCUGGAGCCUGGGAAAUGUUUUCGAUGUUCACAAAGUAGAUUCUACAUAUGAACGGAGGUUUUGGUCGCAUCGAUCUAGUCGCGGAUAAGUGCGGUGUCGUUCAUUCUGGACUGAGCCUUGCUAGGCUCUGUAACCUUGAUAAGCUCCGUCUCAAUGGGAGCGGAGUGAUUGCAAACAUGCUCCGGGUAAAUCUACUACUUGUAGCUGUAGCGCUGCUCCCAGGCACUCUCUUUCUGCCAACGUGUCGCUCUCAACUAACAUGGACUUCGUUGACAGAGACUCAGAGCCUGACGCGGCCGUCCGCACGCCACGACUUCGGCUUCGGCUACGACCCGGACAAGAACAUGGCUUACCUCUUCGGCGGAAUGGCUGACGAUGGGAUCAAGAACGAUCUGUGGAGCCUGAACCUGACCAGUGCAACUUGGAACAGGCUGGGCGACGCAAUAACUCCGCAGCCGCCAGCUAGAUUCAGCAUGCUGUCCGGUGUUUACACACAAGGGCCGGACACGUUGUUCGUAAUCUCUACGGGACAAGGGAGCGGGAGAGUAUUCUUCAAUGAUAUCUGGGCAUACAGCGUCACAGCGGGAAGCUGGAAGCAGUUGGCCAAGCGUGGUGAUGUGCCGGAUACGCGGUACGGUGCAGCAGGUGGCCUUCACGUGAAUGGUACCUCGUUCUACGUGUCGCACGGCUUCUCCAACCGUCGUCACUCUGACACAAGUCGUUACGACAUGCGUGAACAACGCUGGAUACGGGUAUUCUCCGGCGCCAGCAAGUACUCGAGCACAAAGCCUCACCCGCGCUGCCGCGUUGGAACGACCAUGGCCGGCGUAGAUGAGCCAGUGUUGUACGGUGGAUGCCUGAGCGGUGGAUUCAGCGGCGGACCGUGCCCGUCGGUGGACUCGUGGGCACUGCGCGGCGGUGCCGAGUGGAAGCGCAUGGAGGACUGCGCGGCACCAAGUCAGUUCUCCGGCAUGGCCCGGUGGCCUGGCGGUGACGGGAAAGUGGUGAUGUUCGGAGGAUUGGAGACGGAUAGGUCCAUCAUCACGAGCAAGACAUCAGAAUACAACGAGGUGGACUACUUGGUGACGAGCUCUGGAGCAUGGAAGCGCCUGGCAACAACCGGUGCGGACGGUUCAGUUCCAUCGUUGCGGCACAGUCAUGGUAUGAUCACCAUAACACGCGGCGGCACCAGGACUGGAGUGCUCGUCUGGGGAGGCGUCAACAGUGAACAAGGAAACCUUGACGACAUGUGGCUGCUAACGGGUAGCCCUGAAACGGCCGAAACUGUUGGAAGUUGCGGUCCUACCUGGUUCCUCUACAUGCAUCUGCACGGUUUCUUCAUGAUUAUCAGCUGGGGAAUUCUACUCAUUGCCGGUGUCUUCAUUGCACGGUAUUGUCGCGACCAGGAUCCACUCUGGUUCAAACUGCAUCGCGGUAUUCAGAUAAUCGGGACCGGCAUGUCUAUUCUUGGCAUCAUCCUGGUACUCCCUGGCACGCGGGCAGCACCUAACUUUGCCCAUUCUGUCAUCGGUGUUCUGAUCCUGAUCUUCAGCAUACAGCAAAUCAUCAACGGCUUCAUGCGUCCCCCAAAGGACAAGGAAGCGGUGUACUGGCAGCCCAAAAAGCGGGCGUACUGGGAACUGUGGCAUAAGUGGGGUGCUCGCCUCUUCCUGGUCCUGGGUGCCAUCAACAUCAGCCUUGGCGUCUUUCUCAUCAUCGCGCCAACCUCGAUUAUUGCUGUCUGGUUCACUAUCCUGGGACUGUGGGUGCUUGCGUUUGCUGCUGCCGAGUUCUUUCAUCAGUUGUUCAAGAGCAUGUGCUGAGGCACUGUUGGGCCCGGUCAGUUAGUGAACUACCGGUAUGUCCAUAUUGACAACAGCCGUAAACUGACAUGAUGACGUUCUAGCCACUUUACAUCGUUCGAAUAUGUUCCUUUUGAAAGCAUGUUACGCAGAGAGGAAGAGGAAGAGAGAGGGAGAGGGAGAGAGAGAGAGAGAGAUAGAUAGAUAGAUAGAGAGAGAUAGAGAGACAGACAGACAGACAGACAGACAGACAUACAGACAGAGACAGAGAGAUUGUGAUAGAGAAAGAGAGAAUUGUCAAGAGCUGCACCACUGAGUCGGAUUUAGCUUCCAGUAAGGGCCUCGAUUGUCAACCACAACGUGAGAAUACGUAUGCAUCCAAGUCACCCACGGUCAGAGUUUGCAUGCUGAUGCGUCAAUGCCCCGUCUGGCUUUUUGUAAUGCCAGUGAAACAUUACUUUUGACGAAGAACGUUUAAAAAAGAAUAGUUGAACCUAACCAGUAGUUUUAGAGGAGAUUUUUUACAGCAUUUAUAUUUUAGUAUCGCCAAAGUCGCACCAUCCUCUUCUUCACAUUUUAUAUUUACGUAUUCACACUAGUCAGAACAAAAGAGAGAGAGAGAAAUAUUUACGUAUUCAAAUAUCUCAUAUUCCCCCCGUGACUGGCUUAGGUUCCCUUGCAAUCACCUAUCAGAUGACUAUGAUUUAGAGAAGAUGUAUUCCUACAGAUCCCGGGAUUCCAGGAAUUGCCUUGAGAGCCUGAAUCCCCCCCGUUGCCGGUGCCUGGCUUGCAGCUCAGUGGAAUUAGUGCCAGCAUUCAUGCAGCUUCUCCAAAACUCCACUGCUGUACUACAUGUACUGGACCUUUGCUUUCUCUUGCCUGUAUACAACCUCCAUGCAGAGGAAUUUGCAUUUGCUACUCCGUGCAGAGGAGGGAAACCUGUCGACUGAACUGAUAGUAUGCCAGCUCUACUGUCUAUUGUAUUGUGUCUUUAAAUGAAGUCAUUUUGAAAUACGGUUGUGAUAUGCAGUGUGGAUGCUUUUAGCUUCUUGAUGAUGAACAGGAUUAAUUAGUACUUCAAAGU